GCCUCAGGUUUCCGCAGAAGAUUGUAGAGUCUUAUUGCCCAGAAAGAAAGACGUUUUGUGGGAGGUGUUUAUACGUUAUGGAGUCGGCUGAAAUUUCACAUGAUGCAGAUGAAAACAGCACAAGGAAGGAAGCAACUGAAUCCAAGCAUGAUGGUGCAAAAAAUGUUCUAAGACUGGUUCCAAGUCCCCCUACAAAUUAUGAACACAUUAACAUGGUGGUUUGGAAAGGUGGGGAAAUAGUUCCCCGAGAUGUACCUGCUGGUGAGGGCACAUGUGGGGAAGUAAAUAUGGAAGCUUCCAUAACAACUGAUGAUGUUAUACGGGCUGGAGGCUUUGGUGCUAGAGAUGAUAUAAACAACUUUCUUCCUGUUGCAAGUGACUCAACUGACUUUGAAGAAACUAUCCUUGAUGCUAGAAACUAUGAAGAGCCACAGCGUGAAACCCAGAGACCCGGUCUUGGUUGGAGAGACUCAGCAGAAAGAAAAUAACUUUUUUGUCGAUACUAAUGUCGUGAGUUGUUGCAGUCAACUUUUGCUGUCAUUAUUUUGCUUUUAAUAUUUUGUGGCAUGCACAUCACAUGUUACUGUAUGGUUUGACUUUAUUUAUUAUAAUUUCAUGUUUUUGUUAGCUUUC